GGAUCACAUGCAAUAAAGAAAAGAAAAAGAUCCUGCUUGAUUCACAUGGACUGGUUCUAGUUGAAAAGCUUGUCAGAGCAACAUGAGUUGGAGCUUUCUCACUCGCCUCCUGGAAGAAAUCCACCACCAUUCCACAUUUGUGGGGAAGGUGUGGCUGACUGUGCUCAUCAUCUUCCGCAUUGUGCUCACAGCAGUCGGAGGAGAGUCCAUCUACUCUGACGAGCAGACUAAGUUCACCUGCAACACCAAGCAGCCAGGCUGUGACAACGUCUGCUAUGAUGCCUUCGCCCCUCUCUCGCACGUCCGCUUUUGGGUCUUCCAAAUCAUCAUGAUCUCCACUCCUUCCAUCAUGUAUAUGGGCUACGCCAUCCACAAGAUCGCCAGAACGUCAGAAGAGGACCGCAGGAAACACAACAGGCUCCGAAAAAAGCCGCCUCCUCACUCCAGGUGGAGAGAAAGUCAUCAUCUAGAGGAUGUCUUAGAAGAGGACGAAGAUGAUGAUGCUGAGCCCAUGAUAUAUGAGGAUACGCUUGAGGUGCAAGAGGCAAAACCUGAACCAGUGAGCACAAGCAGAGACCCACCAAAGCAUGAUGGCCGCCGUAGAAUAAUGCAGGAAGGGCUGAUGAGGAUCUAUGUUCUUCAGCUCAUGUCACGUGCUAUUUUUGAAAUAGCUUUCCUAGCAGGACAAUAUCUCCUCUAUGGUUUUCGCGUUAGUCCUUCAUAUGUAUGCAACAGGAUCCCCUGUCCACACAGAGUGGACUGUUUCAUCUCCAGGCCGACAGAGAAAACAAUCUUCCUCCUCAUCAUGUAUGUGGUAAGCUGCCUUUGUCUAGUACUAAAUGUGUGUGAGAUGCUUCACCUGGGAAUUGGAACCUUUCGUGACACACUACGCAUGAAGAGGAACCGAGGUCGGCGGACGUCCUACGGCUGCCCAUUCACUCGCAACAUCCAAGGCUCCCCUCCAGGGUACAACCUUGUGAUGAAGACGGACAAACCUAGCAGGAUCCCUAACAGCCUCAUCACCCAUGAGCAGAACGUGGCCAACGUAGCCCAGGAGCAGCAGUGCAUCAGCCCUGAUGAAAACAUCCCCUCUGAUUUGGCAAGCCUUCACCGGCACCUCCGGGUGGCCCAGGAGCAACUCGACAUGGCCUUUCAAACUUAUCAAACCAAAAACAACCAGCAAACCUCUAGAGCAAGUAGUCCAGUGUCUGGAGGAACUAUGGCAGAACAAAACCGAGUCAAUACAGUUCAGGAGAAACAGGGGGCAAGGCCCAAAUCAGCCACAGAAAAGGCUGCAACUAUUGUAAAAAAUGGAAAGACCUCUGUCUGGAUAUAGAGGCAAAUCUCUUUAGUUCAAUAAGGAGUGCACUGAAACACAGCUGGAGGAUCUGUGUGUGAGGUGCAACUUAAGACAAAACAACUGAACAUUUCAAUCACACCUACUGGAGAACUACAGUGCACUGUUUGGGAAAUAUAAAAGACAAAAACUUACAGGAACUAUCAAAUCCAGUAUCAAGAAUUUUCUUCGCUACUGUUGUGUGACAUCCUGUGCUUAAUACACAUACUUACCUAGUCAAACAUCACUAAUUCCAGUUAAAACGCCCAAGUAUAAACAGACAACUUGGAGCUAUGCAUCCUGCAUACCCUAGACUGCCACUGAACUGGAUUAACAUGCAGAAAUUUAACUUUUGUAAGUGUGUGAUUGUACCCUCAACCCAACUUUGAAAAUGCAGCAAAAAGUACUGUACAAAUGCACAAUUUGUCAUGAAGUCUGAAGAAUUAGUAUUGUUGUUGGAAGGAUGCAUGUUUGGUGUUUUGGGGAGUUUUUUGGCUGUAGUGUGGAUGAGUGGUGCUGGAAGCAAAUAAAAUGUGAAAUAUUUUGAUACUUAUAAUGAAACAGGGCUGUGUCACUGUUGGCUUUUUGGUUAACAUCUGCUGAGGUUGUUGGUUUUAAGGUCAUUGCGUGCAAAGCCUUUAUCUAUUUCAUAAACCUUGCAGUGUUAUAUUCAAAUAGGGGUGAGGUAAGGGAAUAGCAAACCUGAUUAUUUUCAAAAUAAACACUUAUUUUCUGCAAUCUGAAGCAGAUGAUGCAUGCUUUCAACUGGGAACAUAUAGUACACACAUAGGUUACAAUAGACAACCCCACCCUUAGCUACUCUAAUCCAUUCACCUUGUGUUUAGGCAUGUUUCUGUCAUUGAAGCAGUAUGUUUCUAGAACUGGUUUCAGAGUAAUAUU